AUUAUCAUCCCGGCCCCGGUCUUCGAUGACCCUGACAGUAGCGACACAGACGACUCGGAGGUGCCGGAGGUUCCGUUCAAAGGUAUGACUUUGAAACAGAAAUGUCGAAUGGUCGCCAUCGUGUGCAUAAAGCUGAUUUCCUUCCUGGGGUUUCUUUACUUUUUCAUCAUCUCCCUUGGCCUGCUGGAGGCAGCGUUUCAGCUGCUGGGAGGUAAAACAGCAGGGGCGGCUUUCAGCAGUGGGGUCCUGUCUAACCCGUUAGCCGGGCUAAUGAUUGGGGUGCUGGCGACGGUCCUGGUACAGAGUUCUUCCACCUCCACGUCCAUCGUCGUCACAAUGGUGGGCUCAAGCAUUAUACCAGUCGACAAAGCGGUGUAUAUUGUAAUGGGAGCUAACAUAGGAACAUCGGUGACAAACACGAUUGUGUCCCUUGCCCAGGCCAACAAAAGGAACGAGUUCAGGCGUGCUUUCUCUGGAGCUACGGUCCACGACAUGUUCAACUGGCUGACCGUCAUCGUGCUGCUGCCCCUGGAGGUGGCCGUGGGCUACUUACACUGGCUGUCCGGCCUGGUGGUCGACGCUCUGGGGGUGGAGGGCAACCAGGACCAGGCCCCGGAUAUGUUGAAGGCGGUCACACAGCCGUUCAUACACGCCAUAGUGGAGAUCAACAAAACCGUCAUCCGUGACGUGGCCCAGAACUCCAGCGCCUCACCCGGCGACGUCCUGCUCCGCUGGUGCCGGACGGAGAGGCGGGAGGUGAACCGGACCUUCCACCACACGGGGACACGGCUGGUCAACUGUAAGGACCUGCACGUGACCUCGCCCCUGUGGGAGCCGUGCCAGAGGACCAACCACGACCCCGACGGUGACCCUAGAAACGUCACGGUGCCCAUGGAGUGGGUCACGUUUGGGCUGGUCAAUGAAACGAAAAACGUGGAGAGAUGCUACAACCUGUUCGCCCAGACGGACCUCCCAGACGCCGCAGUCGGCGCCAUUCUUCUCGCCGUCUCUCUGAUCCUUCUUCUCGCCGCCUUGUGCUUGAUCGUGCACACCCUCAACUCCAUGCUGUCCGGGUCGGUGAGCCGGGUCAUCAAGAAAACCAUCAACGCCGACUUCCCCAAACCUUUCGCCUACCUGACCGGCUACGUGGCGAUCCUGGUCGGGUGCGGCAUGACCAUGAUCGUCCAGAGCAGCUCGGUCUUCCUGUCCACCCUCACCCCGCUCGUCGGACUCGGCAUCGUUUCCGUUGACCGGAUGUACCCGAUGACUUUGGGGUCAAACGUCGGGACGACGGUCACCGCUAUACUCGCCGCCCUGACGCAGAGCGGAGAAAAACUCCGCCUGGCGCUUCAGAUUGCGCUGUGUCACCUGUUCUUCAACGUCACGGGCAUCGUCAUGUUCUACCCCGUCCCUUUCUUACGCUGGCCCGUGGGUCUGGCGAAGAUUCUGGGCAAGACGACCGCUAGACACCGCUGGUUUGCGUUGUUCUAUAUCCUGAUGAUGUUCCUCAUCCUCCCUGGGUUCAUCUUCGCCUUAUCCAUCGCCGGCUGGGUCUACCUCGGCGUUAUCGGGGGUCCCAUUUUACUCGUCGUCCUCAUCAUCGCCGUCGUUAACGCCUUACAGACCAGGAAACCGUCGCUACUUCCGGUGAAACUCCGCGACUGGGAGUUCCUUCCCUUGUGGUGCCACUCGCUUGAUCCCGUGGACGAGCUUAUCGAGCGCGCGUGCCGGUGCCAGUCGUGUCAGGUGUUGCCGAGGUCAUCGCAGGACGAGAGCAACACGGGCGUGGAGAUGGAGGUCAAGGUCACUGAGACGGCCGCCGGCGGGAAGACGAAGCAGGGAGUGACCACGUGUCCGGGAGAGUCGACAUCCGGUUGUAAGCACGAUGGCUGCGGUCACACCGCGGACAGGAAAAUAACCGGAGUUGUCAACUGCGCUUAUCAGCAUGACUCUACAGCGUUAUGA